AUGAAAGAUAUAAAACUUCGGAACUCUGGUUUAUUUCUUUUUAUUUUUAAAAUGAGAAAAACAAAGUUUAUUACCUUUUCAAUAAUAUUUUUCACUAUACUUCUUUUUGCUUUAUCUUCAUAUGCCAAAAAUAGUGAAUAUGAUGAAAAUCAUUCAUUGAGUGGAUCUUCUUAUAAUGAUGUUUUUUUUAUACCAAACUACAAAUAUUAUAAUCCUUAUGGUGGAAAAAUAUAUGUCAAAAGAGCACCAAAUAAAGCUGAUAUGAUGAUUCGUUUUGGUAAACGGCUCAAACCUUUUGAUGAAUUAGGAAUUGAUGUAUGA